CAGGCCGGCGUCCAAAUGGGAAAUGCAUGCUGGGAGCUCUACUGCCUGGAGCAUGGCAUCCAGCCCGAUGGUCAGAUGCCCAGUGACAAGACCAUCGGAGGAGGAGACGACUCCUUCAACACCUUCUUCAGUGAGACUGGAGCUGGCAAACACGUUCCCAGAUCAGUCUUUGUGGACUUGGAGCCAACAGUCAUUGAUGAGGUCCGUACAGGAACAUACCGCCAGCUCUUCCAUCCUGAGCAGCUGAUCACCGGAAAGGAAGACGCAGCCAACAACUACGCUCGUGGUCACUACACCAUCGGCAAGGAGAUCAUCGACCUGGUUCUUGACAGGAUUCGUAAACUGGCUGACCAGUGCACAGGGCUCCAAGGGUUCCUCAUCUUCCACUCCUUCGGAGGAGGAACCGGCUCUGGCUUCACCUCUCUGCUGAUGGAGCGUCUCUCUGUUGAUUACGGCAAAAAGUCCAAACUCGAGUUUGCCGUCUACCCAGCCCCCCAGGUGUCCACCGCUGUGGUGGAGCCCUACAACUCCAUCCUGACCACCCACACCACCCUGGAGCACUCCGACUGCGCCUUCAUGGUGGACAAUGAGGCCAUCUACGACAUCUGCCGCAGGAACCUGGACAUCGAGCGCCCCACCUACACCAACCUCAACAGGCUGAUUGGACAGAUCGUCUCCUCCAUCACCGCCUCCCUGCGCUUCGACGGCGCCUUGAACGUGGACCUGACGGAGUUCCAGACCAACCUGGUGCCCUACCCUCGUAUCCAUUUCCCUCUGGCCACCUACGCCCCGGUUAUCUCCGCAGAGAAGGCCUAUCACGAGCAGCUCACUGUGGCUGACAUCACCAACGCCUGCUUCGAGCCCGCCAAUCAGAUGGUGAAAUGCGACCCUCGCCACGGCAAGUACAUGGCCUGCUGUCUCCUGUACCGCGGUGAUGUAGUGCCCAAAGACGUCAACUCUGCCAUCGCCACCAUCAAAACAAAGCGCACCAUCCAGUUUGUGGACUGGUGUCCCACAGGCUUCAAGGUGGGCAUCAACUACCAGCCUCCCACUGUGGUUCCUGGAGGAGACCUGGCCAAGGUGCAGCGGGCCGUGUGCAUGCUGAGCAACACCACCGCCAUCGCCGAGGCCUGGGCUCGCCUCGACCACAAGUUUGACCUGAUGUACGCCAAGAGGGCCUUCGUCCACUGGUACGUCGGAGAGGGGAUGGAGGAGGGAGAGUUCUCGGAGGCCAGAGAGGACAUGGCUGCCCUGGAGAAGGAUUACGAAGAGGUGGGCACUGACAGCGUCGGGGACGAAGGAGAGGAAGAGUACUAAGAGAUUAACACAAGG